AUGCCGGCGGAGGUAGAGAAAUUGCACGCUGAAGUUGAGGCUGACGAGAAGGGUCGCCUAGAUACGGCCGCGCGUCAGGAUCUGCCCAACGGCACCAAUCACAGGGGCAAUGUCGAUGUCGAUGCCAAUGCCAAGGACGAUUCUGAUGGUUCCUACGUUUUCGUUGACGGAGAGGACGCCGUUGCUGAUGAUCCCGUUGAGUCCGAUCUCAACGGGGGCAACACCCCUGAUGUCGGUGCCUGUGCUGGUCAGGACGAGCAUAGUGAGAAUGGGAUCGUUAAGGAAGAAAAAGUUGAGAGUGGGGAGAUACGUGAUCGUGUUGGUGAGGAGAAUGCGGGAAGGAAUGAUGGUGCUGAGGAUCAAAAUGGAGUCACAGCUGUUGCGAAAAUUGAGUCGCAACUGCCUGUUGAUGGAGUUGAAGUUGGGGUAGAGACUCGGGAUUCUGAAGCUGUGGCUUCUGGAUAUGAAUUCGAACUGCCACAACCAGAUGAUGGGAAAGGUACCAAUGGGAAAGGAGACGAGACAGAAUCAGACGCGCAAGUGGAAACAAGUCAGGAUUCUCGAUUGUUAAUUGGAAGUUCAUCUGAUCCUGAGACCCAGCCGCCGAACCAUGAGGAGGAGAGGGUUGACGGGCAAAGACAAUUAGCUUUGCCUAUAGACACCGAACAAAACCAGGAAUCUGAAAUUGUAGUCCCUGGGGAUGUUCCAGAUAGUGUCGAUCAUGGCAACCAACUAGCUGAUUUGUAUCAGGGGAAGGAUGAGGUAGGAUUGACCAGUAGUGAGAUUCCUUUGGAAUCUCAAUCUGGGGAUGAACAAGUACAUUUGGAGCAUAAUUUACAAACAGAUUCUAGUCACGUAACUGAACUACAAGGAGAACCAGAAGCUGUUAGGAUUCCUGUCUCCAAUGAAAAUGGGGAUGGCUUGCCGGCUGAUGAUGCCCAUAAUAUUUCAGAAAAUGGCAGUCAAGAGACAUCUAAACAAGAUAGGUCUUCUGAAGAAGCUGAAAGCUUGUCCUACCCUGUUCAGUGCGAGAAUCUACCAGUUGAAAAUGCCGAAAGCUUCUCAACUUUUUGUGAUAAUGAUACAAGACUAGAUACCACUAGCCAGAGGCCUGAAAGAGAUCUUGAGUUGGACUCAAGUCAAGUCUCAAAAAUUGAUAUUGAUGUUCCAUUACAAGCAGAGCCAGCUGUGGAAUAUGAGAAGGAAGAGUGCCUUCCUGUGGAUUGUGCUCAGGAGAAUACCAACGAGAUAAUUGCUAUUGAUGAUGCUGAUGCCAAGCAAAAUGCAGGUGAAGAAGCGAAAAGCUUUCCCUUUACAGCUCCAGUUGAUGACAAGGUAGCUGAAUCAGAUGUUGAAAUCUCAGCUUUUGAAAACUACCAGUGCAGAAACCGAAGGUCAGAAUGGUGUAAUGAGAAGGAUGUAGAGUCAAUUUUGCCUGCUGAUGGUGUGAGUUUUGAUAGCCUCAAGUCUGAAGAGGGAGAACCUAAUUUCCCCAAAAAAGAUAUAACAGUACAAGAGGAAGCUCAAGUUUCGGAAAAGGUCACAGAACUUGAUGGAAACCAGCCUGCCCCUGUUUCUGAAACCAUAGCAGAAUCCCAUGAGGCUGUUCCUGUUGAAAAUGAAGUUAGAUCACUUUGUUGUCUUGGUGAUGAUGUGAAAAUCCAGUCCGAACGUCACUCUGCAUCUGGUUUGAGUAAUGAAGAUAUUCCUGGAAAUGUUGACACUGUAAACGAAUCCAAGGUCCUUAAUGGCUCUGAAGAAAAUUGUGUAUCGGAUGCUGUUCAUGUUGAAAAUGGAGUUCAACAUACUGAUGGAGAUAAUGAUGAAAAAACGACAUGCGGGGAAGUAGGUGGAGUUGAAGAAGUUCGCAUAGAUGAACCUCCAGCACAUUCCCCUGAAGGUUCUACUUGUGAUGCUUCUGAGGGGCAGAGUGUGAGUCCAGAGUCGGAGAAAAGACCAUUUUACUUUUUGAUCAGGAUCCCGAGGUAUGAUGACCAAAGUUUAAAGGAACAGAUAAGACAUGCUCAGUUACAAGUUGAUCAAAAGACAGAGAGUCGUGAUGCUAUUGGAUCUGAAAUCCAAAAGAUCAGGGCCUCUUGCAAAGACUACAGCAGAGGUUUUGAUGCAGUCAGAGCAGAAGAAAAUGCUGCACGGGACUUGCUUAGGUCUAAACGCCAGGAAAUAGACUCUCUUCAUUCUAGGAUCAAUCUGGUCAAAAGUGCUAUGUCUAUUGAUGACAUAGAUGGCAGAGUGCGUAAUAUGGAACACAUGAUAGAGCAUGAAACUUUGCCUUUAAAGGAAGAAAAGCAAUUGAUUCGUGAAAUUAAGCAGUUGAAGCAACUCCGUGACCAGAUAUCAUCUAACAUUGGGAGGCAGGAUGAUGUUCAGCAGGCGCUAGACCAGAAAGACCAAAUAGAGGAGCGCUUGAAAUUGUUGAGGAAGGAAGCCGAUUUGCUUAGAAAUAAUGUCCUGAAAGCUGAGGCAGUCACUAAAGCUGCCAAGAAGAAGUAUGAUGAGGAAGCUGAAAAGAAACGUCAAUUGGACAAGCAGUUCAAAGCUGCAAAUGACAUUCGCCAGGAAGUAUACGCACACUUGCAGAGUUUGAGGAAGCUAUUAUAUGAAAAGAACAAAAAUUUCCGUAGCUACAUGGAUGAUGCUAAUGCUGCCAAUGAUUUGGCCUCGAAAAGAGAUAAGGAUGCACUCCAACAACUUUGCAUUAACCAGGUGGAGAGAGUCAUGAAUCUGUGGAACAAUGACGAUGAGUUCCGUAAAGAGUACAUCAGAUGCAAUGUAAGGAGUACAUUGAGGAGAUUGAGGACUUUGGAUGGCCGUUCACUUGGUCCUGAUGAGGUGCCGCCUGUAAUUCCUCAUUCAAUGAAUGGAAGAAUAGAUAAGGAUAAAACUGUUCCACAAGUUUCAACUCUUGGAGAAGAAAGGCAGGAAAUUGUUGUGACUGUCGAAAGCACUAAAAUGGAAGAUAAUGCUACAAUAAAUGCUGGGGAACAAAAGAAGCAGAGAAAAACAAAAAAUCCUGUGAACUCUGCCCCUCUUGCAAGUGUCUCAGCACCUGUUUCCAACAGAGAUGAGAUUGAAGAGGUAAGAGAAGAAGAGCCUAAGCCAACAAAAGAAGAAGAAGAGUUGGUUAGGAAGGCAGAAGAAUUGAGGAAAGCAGAGGAAGCACGCAAAUUGAAGGAGCAGCGUCGGUUGGAAGAGAAGGCCAAGGCAGUGGAGGCAUUAGAGAGAAAGAAACGUAGUGCAGACAAGGCCAAGGCUAGGGCUGCAGUAAGAGCUCAGAAGGAAGCUGAAGAGAAAGAGAAGGAAAGGGAAAAAAGGUUAAGGAAGAAGGAAAGAAGGAAGAAUGUUGCCGCAGAUGAGACAGUUCUCAUUAACGAAGAAGAAUCUGUUCGAAGCAUAGAAAAUUCGAUGGAUCCUCCAAAGGAGGCUGAAACUACAGAUAAGGCAAUGACAAUGGCACAGAAGAAUCGGAAACCAUCACAGUUUAUAAAACAGACUAAGGCAAAAUCUAUUCCUAUACCUAUCCGGAAUCGGGGUAAGAGAAGGAUGCAGCCAUGGAUGUGGGUUCUCCUUAUCGCAGUGGCUCUUGUUGCAUUGUUUUUGUUGGGCAACAGCAACUUAUCUUUAAAAGCUGGGCUGCAAGGAUUUAAUUUCUAGAUAUAAUAUGGCUCAUAAUAUAAGUUAAGCAAUCAAUCGACUGGAGAUUUUUUUUUUUUUUUUUUUUCAUUUAUUUUUUGGAAGGGGGGAGGGGGUUGGGUUUCCCUGACAUAUCUAUAGGCAAUUCUUUGGUGCUGCUAUCAGGUUUGAUUUUCUUCUAGCUUGUAUUCAAUUGGUAUAAGUGGCUUUUUCACUCACAUGCCACUCGUAGAUUUGAUUGUUGUUAUAUUAUGGUAAUACGAACAUAACCGUCCACAA